AUGUCGUCGCGCUACGAUGACUAUCGCUCUUCCACCGGAACCGUCGAGUCCCGCGAUCGCUACGACCGUCGUAAUUCUCGAGGCCCACCAGUACUCGACCGACCCCGCCAGGUCGACGACGAGCGCUUCGAGUUCCGCCUGCGCGAAGAAGACCGAUAUGGCCCUCCAGCUCGCGCAGCAGGCCGAUACUAUGAAGACGACCACCUGUCUCAUCCAUCCGGCCCCCUUGUGGCGCAUGACCGGCGCCGUCGCCGCGACGAGAGUCCCUCGUUCGCUCCGCCCCGUUUAAUUAGGCGGCAGUCGUCCCUCGACACCUUUGAUCGCAUCCCUCGUCGUAAGAUGGAGUCGCUUGAAUCUCACGAUCGUCCCCGGGGCAUGCCUCGUGUGCCUCACCCGCCACCCCCGCCGCGAGCCUCGCCUGGGAGGUAUCGCGAGCGCGAGGUAUAUGAGGAUAUUCGUAUCGCGGAACCGGAUUACUAUGGCGAUGAGGAGUAUCGCGAGUUCCGGGAGCGUAACAGUAUGGAUCAUCAUCAUCAUCGGCGUCGCUCUAGUAGCACCGCUCGCUCGCGCUCUCGUCGUGAGGAGAAGCCUUAUCCGCGCAAGGGAAAGACUCGCAUUCCCCGCAAGUGGGUGCAUGUCCACGCCAUCUUGGACUUGGGAUAUCCGUUCAAAGAGGAAGAUGAUGUCAUUGUCAUUCAGAAAGCACUGUCCAAAGACCAAAUCGACGAAGUCAUCAGCCUUAGCAAAGAAUUCCGACGUCCCGCCGAACACGUCGAAACUGAUUACCUCCGUAUCCCACGAUCCCCGGUUCGGUCUAUUCCUCGCGAGCGAGUCACCACUGAGCAUCUAGUUGUCGAUUCUCGCGCGCCUCGUCAUGACACUUACCUACUUGAAGCAUCUCCUCGUCGGCACGGCGAUUACGAAGAAAUUGAUUAUGAUGAAUACAUUCACACAUCACGACGGGGGGUAUUACUCGUCCCAGAUCAGUGUCUGUCAAUACACACGGCCGACACUCAUCACCUCUACGACUCAUUGAGCCUCGCGGCCAUGUUGAGGAGCGCAUUGAAGCGCGGCCUCGCAAUUCGGGUCAAGGAGGCUAGACUGCUACGAUUGGAGCGACAAGGAGGAUAUGAAGUUACGCGGGACCGCGAGACCGAUGUCAUUGACAGUAGGGGGAACGAAGCGGAGAUCCAUGAGGUUCGGCGAACAGAGCGUAGAGAACCCAGCUCUGGUGUGAUGCGGGCGAUGCUCGCCACUCUGACCUGA